UGUAAUUUCCCUCUACUCCUUUCUUUCUUAACCGUCCUCGCCACGUUCAUAGCAGUCACAACAUUGCAAUUGCAACAACACACACAACAACAAUCACAAUAUAUAGAUACAUACAUAAUAUAGAGAGAGAAUCAUAGAAUAUUUUAGAGAGAGAAAUAAAGGAAGAAAAACCCUUUUGACUAUUAAGCCCCUUUUUCACAUUGGACUCUUUGAUCGGUUAUUGUUGAUAUUGUGAUCAACCUCAAAAAUCAGAUCUUUUUCUUUUUUCGAUUCAGAUUCGGAUACCCAAUUGCGUUUUUCUUUCUGGGUUUUGUUCAUUUUUUCAUAAAGUUUCAUUUUUCCAAAUUGGGUUUCUCAGAAAUUCGACAAUUAUGUUGUUGACUUUAUCACUCUUGUUGAACUAAUAUGGAACUGUUCAUAACACAACAACAACAAAAACAAAAACAACAUCAUCAACAACAACACCAACAACAAUAAUAACAUGUCUUUUUACAUUGGUCGUGAGGCUUCAAAGUUAUGGAAAAGAAUUUGCUCAGAGAUAAGUAUUGAGAUCAAACUUCUUGCAGAGAAUUGGAAGUAUCUUCUAGCUGGUCUUGUUUGUCAGUACAUACAUGGUGUGGCAGCCCGAAGUGUUCAUUAUUUUCAUAAGCCUGGCCCUAUUCUUCAAGAUGUUGGAUUUUUCCUUCUUCCGGAACUCGGACAAGACAAAGCUUACAUCAGUGAAACACUGUUCACUUCUAUCUUUAUAUCCUUUGCCUUGUGGACUUUUCAUCCUUUCAUAUUCAAGAGCAGAAAGAUCUACACAGUUCUUAUUUGGUGCAGAGUUCUAGCUUUCUUAUUUGCUUCUCAAAUUCUUCGCAUAAUCACAUUUUAUUCUACACAACUACCUGGUCCAAACUACCAUUGCCGUGAGGGUUCUAAACUUGCCACAUUGCCCCGUCCAGAUAGUUUCCUUGAAGUUUUCGUGAUUAACUUUCCGCAUGGCGUGUUAUAUGGAUGCGGUGAUUUAAUAUUUUCGUCACACAUGAUCUUUACUCUUACUUUCGUACGUACAUAUCAGAAAUAUGGCACUCGAAGAUCCAUAAAGCAGCUCGGGUGGCUACUUGCCGUGAUUCAGAGUCUUUUGAUAGUAGCAUCUCGCAAACAUUACACGGUUGACGUAGUUGUUGCCUGGUACACUGUUAAUUUGGUGGUAUUUUUUGUUGACAAGAAAUUGCCAGAAUUGCCGGACCGGUCAAUCGCAGCUGCAGCAACCCUGCUCCCAUUGAGCACCAAAGACAAAGAUGGCCGGAACAAAGAGGAGAACUACAAGCUAUUGAAUGGGAAUUCCGGUGACCCUGCGGAUCGAAGACAAAGAUCUCAAAUAAAUGGCAAGAUCACAGAUGACGGAAAUACGCACCAUAACGACUCUUCCAUGAACAGUGCAUAGAUAAAGGAUCGCCUCCACUGUACAAAAUUGGAUCUGCUGUGAUAUUGCUGAUUGAAAGCUUCAACCUUCAAUUAGAAGGUGUGUUGCUUAAACUAGCAUCAAGAUUUGUAUCAGUGAAAGUUGAAACUGGAUUGUGCUUUUUCAACAUUGUGCUCCCAUGAUUCAUUAAAUUAUCCAGCUUCAGCAUGCGCCUUCAAAUUCCUCUUAUCAAUAUUGAGAUAAUGUGCAUAGCCCUUUUUUUGUUGGUUUUAUUUAUCUGCUUGCGUUACAUGAUAAACCUAAUAUUCAGCAUUAUGUAAUAUAGGCAUAUAAUGUAAAGAAGAGGUUAAAGCAAAAUGCAAAACUUCGGCACUAUUUUCUUUCCAAAAAGAGGUUUUUAAGGAUUAGUUGAUUACUGGUUAUUUGAUAUUCAUUUUCAUUGAAAUGAUGAGGUUGGUUCUAAUCAAA